UAAAGCUGUUCCAGUCUCCUCGUCCUGCGCCCACCGUCGGCUGUUCCGAAUGCGACGCCCCCUCCCCGUAUUCUACUGGUCCUCUAUCUGCGAGCAAGAUGGAAACCGUAAACCAGCUGGUCGCCACCGGGCAGUUCCGUAUUCUCAAAGUACCCCUGGGGUUCAUCAAGGUCCUCCAAUGGAUCUUCGCCAUCUUCGCCUUUGCGACGUGCGGCAGUUACUCUGGGAUGUUCUCGAUGAGCGUGCAGUGCAAGAAUAAGAGCCUGAGCAACCUGAACAUUAAGGUGGAGUUUGAGUACCCCUUCAGGCUGCACCAGGUGUAUUUCGACGCCCCCACCUGUACGGGGGGCGAGGAGCGCCAGUUUCUGACGGGAGACCACUCCUCCUCAGCAGAGUUCUUUGUCACCAUCGGCGUCUUUUCCUUUCUCUACUCUAUGGCAGCACUGGCCGUCUACAUUUUUGCUUUCGAAAAGUACCGCGAGAACAACAAGGCACCCCUGAUUGAUUUCGGCGUGACGUGCGUGUUCACGUUCAUGUGGCUAGUGAGCUCGGCUGCCUGGGCCAAGGGCCUCUCCGACGUGAAGAUGGCCACCGACCCCGAGCUCCUGACCAAGAACAUCCCCGCCUGCACCAAGGAGGGGAACGAGUGCCGCGAGAUCCACGACCCCGUCAUGUCCGGCCUCAACACCUCUGUGGUGUUUGGCUUCCUGAACUUGAUCCUGUGGGGAGGAAACCUGUGGUUUGUGUUCAAGGAGACGGGCAUCAUCGCCCCCUUCAUGCGCCCUCCCCCUGCUCAAGAGAAGCAGCCUGCCCCGGAGUCCUUCGGCCAGCAGGGAGGGUAUAGCCAGGAGGACCCCUACGCCAGCUCCCAGGGAGGCUACCAGCCAGACUACAGCCAGCAGGGCAGCGGGUACAAUCAGGGUGGGGAAUACGGCCAAGGAGGAUAUGGCCAGCAGGGGGCACCAACCUCCUUCUCAAACCAGAUGUGAGCCAGGCAGCCAGCCCUGGAGGAGGACAGCUGUGGUUGUGGGCCUGAGGCCUCCCCAUAAUUCCACAUUCCUCCCCGUACAUCUGUCUGCGUGUCUGUCUGCCAAUAACAAGAGGGAGGGAGGGAGGGAGGGAGGGGCUGAGAUAAAGACACCAG